UGCUAGGGCAGGGAAGACUCGCGAGAACGUGCGCCGAGUCUCAACGUGGGCGAGCCGCGCUCCCGCGGCGCGCUGGGUCAGAGGCUGGAAGGUGUGAUGACUCUUUGGCUGUCAAUUUGACUACAUUUGCAGUUAACGAGAAUGCGCGUGACUGGAUUUAUCUGUUGGGAAUUUUUCUUAAUUAAAUUAUUUAAAAUGGAAAGACCUACUUUUGAUCUUUUGAGCUGGGAAGAUCCAUCUUUAACCUGGAUGACACCUCUGCUUGGCAGUCUAUCUUAAGGACAUGGAAGAAGGAAGCUUUCUCUCUUUGCCUGCUUGCUUUUACUCUUCCUAGAAAGUCCAUUCCUUCACUGGCAUCAGAGCCUACUUCUCCAGGAUUCUGACAUAUACGAUCAGCUGGGACAGCCAGCCUUGUGGACUGAACAACUAGUCGAUUCUUGGACCUUCCAUUGUAGGCAGCCAUCGUUGGACUAGCUGAACCACAGCCUGGAAGCUCAGGGGUUUGAGAGAAACUGCCCUUCUCUUCAAAAGUACAAAGCACUGGAUUGAAGGUGCCCCUGGACACCAGGAGCCUAGCUCUUCCACUCCUGAAGAGGCUCCUGUUCUCAGAGAUGGCUCGGGAGUCUGCAGACCUUGCUUCUGACUGUCAGUUUUGGCUGCAGAAGCUUUCUGCAUGGGAACAGGCCUCUUCUGAGGAAACCCAGCAGGACACUUGUCUUCACCUGUCCCGGUUCCAGGAGUUCCUGAGGCAGAUGUAUGAAAUCUUGAAGGAGAUGGAUUCUGAUGCAAUCCUGGAAAGGUUCCCCACAAUUGGUCAACUGUUGGCAAAAACUUGUUGGAAUCCUUUCAUCUUAGCAUAUGAUGAAAGCCAAAAAAUUGUAAUAUGGUGCUUAUGUUGUCUGAUGACUAAAGAACCACGGUCUUCUACAGAGUCAGGACGUAACUCAUGGAUCCGGGGUUUGUUAUCUCAUGUACUUUCCACAUUCAGAUUCGACAUGAAAGAAGUUUGUCUUUUUACCAGAAGUCUUGGAUAUGAGUCUAUUGAUUACUAUCCUAGUUUGCUUAAAAAUAUGGUUUUGUCGUUAGUGUCUGAGCUCAGAGAGAGUCAUCUUAAUGGAUUGAACACGCAAAGUCGGAUGGCUCCUGAGCGCAUGAUGUCCCUGUCACGAGUCUGUGUCCCUCUUGUUACUCUGCCUGAUAUGGAACCCCUGGUAGAGGCUCUACUCACCUACCAUGGACAUGAGCCCCAGGAGGUCCUCACUCCUGAGUUCUUUGAAGCUGUAAACGAGGCCUUCUUAUUGAAAAAAAUUGUUCUGCCCAUGUCCUCUGUGGUCAGCCUUUGGUUUCGGCAUCUCCCCAGUCUUGAAAAAGCAACACUGCAUCUUUUUGAAAAGCUGUUCUCCAGCAAGAGAAAUUCCCUGAGAAAGAUGGAGUGCUGUAUAAAAGAGUCAUUACUGCCUCAAGCAGCCUGCCAGCCUGCCAUCUUCAGAAUUGUUGAUGAAAUGUUCAGGUUUGUGCUACUGGAAACUGAUGGAGCCCCAGAAGUACUAGCUGCUCUUCAGGUUUUCACAUCAUGCUUGGUAGAAGCUCUGAAAAAAGAAAACGAGCAGCUGAAGUUUGCCCUCAGGGCCUACUUUCCCUAUGGUGCUCCGUGUCUCACUGCAGCGCUGUCCCAGCACCCUGAAGCUAUCCCACAGGGACAUGGGCUCCAGCCUCUGCUGCACAUUUCUCAACUCCUCAGAGAAGCAGUUGAAGACUGUACUUAUGGGUCUCAGCGAAAUCCCUUCGAGAGCUGGUUUUUGUUUGUUCACUUUGGAGGAUGGGUUGAUCUGGCUGUGGAGGAGUUGCUGCUGAGGCAGGAAGCUGAGCCUCCCGCAAACCUGCUGUGGCUCUUGGUCUUCUAUUAUAGCCCACAGGAUGGGAGUCAGCAGAGAGAGCAGAGCAUGGUGAAGCUGAAGGUAUUAGUCAACCAUUUCCUGAUGUUGCUCAGAAGUGGCCCCCUCUCAGCUAUCAAUCUGCAAGAAGCAGCUGAGAGUGCCAGUGCAGACCCCAGACCACCUGUAUGUGAACAGCUGGUCAGACGCCUUCUUCUUAGUCUCUUGCUCUGGACCCCGGAAGGCCAUGCGAUUGUCUGGGAAGCUGUCACCCAUAUGGCCCGCACGGAUGCUGUAACCCAUGAGAUUAUUGGCUUUCUUGACCAGACCUUGUACAGAUCGCACCAUCUUUGUGUUGAAGCCUCAAGAAAACUGGCCAGAAAGCUCCUAAAGGAACUGCAAGCUCAGGUCUAGCAGGCAGCACAGAAUGUGUGGGCAUCUGAAUGGUGAGGCUCCCGCAGUGGAUGAGUUGCCUUGUCUGAGGCAAGAACAAGUGAGAGUGAAUAAACACACCUGUGCCUGGGCCUGAUGGAGCGAUGGAUGUGCGCCACCUCCCGCGCACUCUGUACUGCUCGGCCCAGGAGGUCCAUGAGUAGUAUGAACGGAAAGGCCCAGACGGCCUGUUAUGUUCCAGUCAUUCACAAUAAGAUCCAGCACUGGCUGGUAUGCUCACUCCCUUUAUCCUCCCACUCUGAUGGAGGUGUGGGCGGUGCCCAGUAGCAGGAGAUGUGAGGCUUGCAGUGGAUCAGGCUGUGCCUCACCGGUGACUUGCUCUGUGAGGCCUUUGUUCUCAGUGCAGAAAGGCUGCAAGGCACCCACUGUAGUGAAGGGAACAGGUGGCCAGAGAAGGGUCCUUAUUUCCUCCCCCCUAAACCCCCAAAGGCCAAAAGAUCUGCUUCCUGAGUGACCUAUGUCUAGUAAACAGGAUUUGGAAACUGAAAAUGAGUUCCUGUCCUCCUGCACUUGCUGUGGAUGGGAAUGAUGGGCAUGCCUGUUGUUGGGUUUCUAGUGAGAAUGUACACAGAGAAGACUUCAAGCUGUGACCCUCCUGCUAUGAGAGCCCUCGACCCAGUGCAGAUCAGCUUCAACCCUCACAGCAGGACAUUUGACGGCUGCACUCAGGCUGUGUAGAGAGCUUGUGGCAUAAAGCUUGUGAGAGGCCUGGGUUUUCUCUUGCAUUUGCACAUCCAAGCGAAACGCUGACCGCACAUACGCAGUGGAUCAUUCUGAAUAAAAAGUUGUACUUGGGCUGGUGAGAUGGCUCAGUGGUUAAGAGCACUGACUACUCUUCCAGAGGUCAGGAGUUCAAAUCCCAGCAACCACAUGGUGGCUCACAACCAUCUAUAAUGAGAUCUGAUGCCCUCAUAUGGGUGUCUGAAGACAGCUACAGUGUACUUACACAAAAUAAAUAAAUUCUUU